AAUUGAGUUUGCCCUAGUUCAAAUUGCAAUCGUAAUGUUUGAUUGAAAGAUUGAAAAUAAAAUGCAAAUGUGUUGUGUUUCAUGUUGUAUUUAGACGAACCAUUCAAUUAAAGUAAAAAACAGAAUACGUGAUUUUAAUUUACUUUAUUCUUGUUUUUUACGAGUUGAUGAGUAUAUUGGAAAGUAUAUAAUUUUAGGUAUUUUUGUUUUUUAGCAUUGUGUAAAAUGUAAAUGAUAUCAUUAUUCAUGCAAUAUUUCAUUUUAUGAAAAACAACUUGAAAAAUGGAUUUUUGCUGUUGUCAAAAUUAUGUCUAGUUGGCGCCAGCUUGGACUCUGUUCUCAGGCUUUACUUCUCAAAAUAAAUGACCAUAAUCAAUAAAUCGUUACACUCGCAAGAUGAGUCUGGAAUACAAAUUUCAGGGAGGAAGAAAACUAAAGCUUCUGCUCUGAUUGAGCUGAUUGAUCACUUUUGUCGGAAACACAUAGAAGCUCCGGCACCCAAUUAUGCAUCUGCGGACGUCUAAGCAUCAAGCCGUCUCGGACGUUCGGAUCAACAUUUAGAAAAACUCCUUCAUCCAAUCAAACGCACAUAUUUCUUCCUUCAGCGGCAUAAAAACGUCUUACAGCUAGCUUGUAAAAUGCUUAUCUCUUAAUGAAAAUUACAGCGCAUCUAAAAUGGAACCAAAAUGUGGUACGAUUUUUUUGGAAGACGCACGGAAGAUUAAGGUAUGUGAGGAAAAUAAUUGAAUUGCGGUCAAAUAAAACAACUAACCGCAAGGAAGAUGGUAACCACCGGCAGCAGUAGUGACGACCGGCUGGAUCCGGUAUUAAAAUGCGAUCGGUUCCAGCAAUUUCCCAGUUGCUGUUUUUCCUUCUAUCUUUGAAACGCGUGUGUAUAAGUGUAUGCUGGGUACAAUCGCCAUUGAGACGGAUUAGACAAAAAGUUGAAUCAUGUUUUAAAGGCUUAAUGAAUCUCUAUCUUUCCGCCAACAUAGAGCCGUGUUGUGAAUGAAAGACGCUUCGGUUCGCUCAAUUAUCCUGAUACUUCCUGUUAGUAAUACCGAUACGAAGAAAUUCGUGGGAAGACUCAAAUUUAUAGACCUACUCAGGACUUCUUGUAAGGGCGGCAGAUACUUGUGCAAUUCUUUGGGGUGGUCCCAUGGUGCUUUAAUUCAAUGUUUGAUAAAAAAAAUGUUGCAGCCUAAUAUCAUCAGACUAUCUACAUGACUGAGCAUAAAGCUACAAAUAGUACGUACUUAAUCAAAAUGCUGCAUGAACAAGAGAGAAUAAGAAUAUUUAAAAUCCAAAUAUAUCUUAAAAAUGCGCAAAUACUGCAUAUUGAAAGUAACUCACUAAUGCUACAAUGUAUCGUUUUCCUAUUAAAAACAAAAUAAAAAUAUGUAAUAAUCAAUUGAUCUUAAUACGUCACACAGCCACUAAUUCAUUGCUCACGUUAACACCGACAUGCCAUACCGGAACUUCAAACGGCUUUUCGAACGAAGCGGUUCGUUUGACUUCAUUGUUCAUCACCGCUUGUUUCAUUCUAACUGUCUCAUAAUCUUCUGGCGCUGAUAAUAGCCGACCAACAGAACAAAUGGUUGGCACAUUUGUCAUUACAUUCAGCCGCUAAAGAAAAGUUAAGUUGACAUUUAUUUCCUUCGGGUGUGCGAUCUUGGUGGGAUCGACUGUGUUGGUGGGCAAACCCGCAAUAUCGCAUAUGCGCUGCCGAGCUGCUGAUGUUGCACCGUAUAAAGUCGAAUCAGCAUGCGUAGAAUGGUUCGAAAAAAAGUGGGCGCGGCAUCGACGUUACAUUCGGUGCGUGUGGAAGUGAGAUGCAAAAAGGGCAAGGGAUGGCAAACAGUGUCCGAUCGAAGCGAAACAGAUAGAAGAAGGAUGAUGUACAGCAGAAGCAGAAAACUUAGAGCUCGACGAACGCGCAGUCAAACCUGUUCAUCGAACCGGCUUUCAAGUUAUUAGAGUGCCAACAUCCUUGCGAGCAGCAUCUUGGGAGAGAUCUUCCUAACAUCGAAGUUUGCUUCCGAACCGUAGGUGAUCGUGCAAAGUGUUAUCACCAAACGAAACGUGACACCGCAGGAGUUAGUGUGGCAAGUUGUGAGUUUGUGUCUACUUACAAUAGUGACGAUAAAGAAUCAUAGUGCACGUAUGUUUGAUCGUAUUCAAACAUUGUCUAUCAGAGCUGUUUUCUGUCGAUACACAUUAGUUCAAGAACGAAAGUGUUGGACGAUUGCAAAGGAAGCGUGAAGGCUUCGACUGUGUAAACAUUAAGACGUGAUUUGGCGUUGUUCGCAAGAGGAUAAUAUACGAUGGCUGUUGCUAGUUUAAAUAUGUCUCCCAUCUUCAGCGGAUACCCUUUCCAAGGUCAGGGACGUGUGAACCAGCUAGGUGGAGUGUUUAUCAACGGACGACCUUUGCCGAAUCACAUAAGACUUCGCAUUGUGGAGAUGGCGGCGUCUGGUGUGCGGCCCUGUGUCAUAUCGCGUCAGCUACGAGUAUCGCACGGUUGCGUGUCGAAAAUUCUGAACCGAUACCAAGAAACGGGCUCCAUCCGCCCGGGUGUAAUCGGCGGUUCUAAACCACGCGUGUCAACGCCGGAAAUUGAAGCUCGCAUCGAGGAGCUGCGCAAGGCGAAUCCCGGCAUAUUCAGCUGGGAAAUCCGUGACAAAUUGAUUAAGGAUGGACUGUGCGACAAAACUUCCGCACCGUCCGUCAGUUCCAUCAGCCGUUUGCUGCGCGGUGGUCGCCGCGAUGAUGGGGACAUGCAUGGGAAUCAUUCGAUCAACGGCAUCCUGGGUGGUUCGUCGUGUGAUGAGGACAGUGACACCGAAUCGGAACCGGGAAUUACACUUAAGCGCAAGCAACGCCGAUCCAGGACAACCUUCAACGGUGAACAGUUGGAGGCAUUGGAAAUUGCCUUCAGCCGUACUCAGUACCCGGACGUGUACACCCGUGAGGAGCUUGCCCAGAAGACGAAACUUACCGAGGCACGGGUACAGGUGUGGUUCUCAAAUCGACGUGCGCGUCUUCGCAAGCACAUGAGCUCCCAGCAGAUGGUGGCUUUCGGCGCCUCGCAGUAUCCUUCGCAGUUCGAGCAACAGGCCGCUGCUGUGGCUGCAGUUACGGCAUCGUCCGGUUCCGGGUCGGGUUCACCGAUGGGAGCUGGUGCCUGGUCACAAUGCUACUCAUCGUCACCGAACCAAACUGCUUCAAUCCACGCAGCGUCACAAUCGUCCUACAACCCGCUGGCCCAAACUAUGAUCCAUCCCACUUCAGCCACCAUGAGCCCGCCGGCUUCGAUGAGCCCGCCUAGUUCAAUCAGCCCACCGGUGUCGCAUGCCGGAGCUCACUCCACCUCCGCUUCCCCCAUUCCGCAGAACUCCACCACCGGUGGCAUGACCGUAACCAGCAGUGGCACACAGUCGACCGGAUACAACUACUUCUCCAUGUUGGACAGCAACCCGCAACAUGUCCAGCUGCAUCCACAUCACGCCCACGCCACCCAUCACCAUGCCGGUCAAAUUAGUGCCGCUCAAUCGUACGCAACAGUCUACCCAUCCGCCACGACCACUGCCAACAUUGACACCAACACGCAGUGGCAGCGUUCCGGCAGCGUUUCGCACAAAUCGUCCACCAGCGAGUGGGACGCUUAUAGCUCAUUUUUCUCCAACAAUAUGGGCCACCACCAUCAUGCACACGGUCACCCACACUACUCGUCGGCGGCAGCAGCUGCAGCGGUAGCGGCCGAAGCUAAAUCUGGCUAUCCCUACUUCGGACAACUGGGGGGACUGGAAAUGAGUCGACUGCACUGCUAGGAUAUUGCUGGGUAAAACGGAUGAUAGUGUUCGGUUUUAACAAAGAAAUUCAUAGCUAAGCUGUAUAAUAUCAACAGGAUUGAUAGUUGGUUUUACGUAAAAAUUUGAAAAUGAAAAUUUUAUCAACUCCACGCGUAAAAAAACUGUAUGUACAAUGUUACCUCAAUGAUGAUGUUUAAAUAGGUUAAGGUUAGAAUUAAUUCGUAAAACCUACACCAAGGCUUUCAUUGUUUGCGAAAUUCACUCUUACAUAAAUGUUCAUCUUAGCGAUUGAAAACUAUUAUUUGUAUAAAAUAAAUCAGAACAGAAGUAUUAGAUAAAUCACAGAUAGCUUGUAAGCAUUGAACACGCAAUGCUUUUUUUCUUGUAUAUUAAGUUAGCAGAUAGGAGCAUAAUUUAUAAUAAAAUUAAUACCCGAUGAUUGUACUGAAUACAUUUAAGAAGUUGACUUGAAAAACAAUAAAU